CUCAGCGUCGCAUACCAACAUCACUUGCGCUCAUCGACAUCAUACGCCCUCUCGUUGUUAGCGUCUCUGGCGCCGAGACAUCAUGGCGGUUCCAAGCAUCAACCGGCCAGACUCACCCGGAUCCGAUACAGAGUCAGUCGUGUCCUCGGUUGCCCAGACGACAUCUCGCCUCGGCCUGGGCGGCCUCGCGUCGGCCAACUAUUCCUCCCUCAAUCUGUCGUCACUGGGUCUAAGUGCCAAUGCCGUCGCUUCUUCAUCAUCAGCAGCCUCAUCUUCCAGCUUGUUGAAUGGGUUCAAUGGCAUCUCGACUGUCUUGAACAAUCCGAGGAAGAAGCAACAUGCCAUUGAUCCCAACUCGAGUAGGUGGGCGGCCCUGCCUGCUCACAAAGAUGCUGAGAUCUCGCGGCCACCCAAGCAGAGCGUACAGUCAUACGUAGAUGAGGUCAGUGCCGAGUGGGAAAGGUAUACCCGAAACCGCGACCUCGGCAGUAGGGGUAAGGCAAAGACUUCCAGAGACGAAGAUUCAGAAAGCCGAGCCGAUCUCCCAGAUCGGUCUCAAGAAGGCGAAGGCAGCAAAAGCAAGCUGCCGCCUAUCAGUGCAGUUCCCCAAGUCUUCUUUGACGACGACUUCAAUCUCGGCAACCCAUAUACGUUUGACAUAGUGACGGAGAGGUAUGGAAGUGCUAAUGCAAAAGCCGGAACCUCCGGGGAGCAAAGUGGGCCAGUGAUAGCAGGAGAUCACGUCGAGAAGCUGUCACAUUAUUCGGAUCUCGUCGAACAGCAUCUCCUCCAUGAGAUUGCGACCCGGUCUGGAUCCUUCUUUUCAGCUCUUGGGGCUCUGCAAGACCUGGCUCACUCGUCUACCUCGUGCCUCUCUCUCAUCCGAACGCUGCGAUCCGACCUCAUCUCGAUAUCGGACAACCAGGUCAAGACAGGGCUCAGGAUAGUGAGGAAGCAAGACGAACGGAGAGGGAUUGUCAAGCAGAUGCAGGCCGUUGAGAGGAUAAAGGGCUGGUGCGAGGGUAAGCGUAUGGCAGAGCUCAUGGUUGGCCAGGGAGAGUACGAUGAAGCUCUGCUGGUCAUUGAGAGCUUGCAGAGAGAGCUAGCUCCCAAAGACGGCAGGUUCAAAAUUCCUCGACAAGAGGCACAAGGUACUGAGGAGGACGAAGAGCAGGCAUCUAUGGUCUCAUCAUUUGUCCAGCACGAUGAUCAAGACAUGGACUCAGAGGACCUCGAUCUGUCGAAGGUCCCAGCUAUUCUUGCUCUCGCACCGGAGCUCGAAGAUCUCAAGGCGUCAAUCACGACCUCUCUAGAGGCUGAGUUGUCGAGCGUACUGCAUGCUGAUCUGGAUCCGCGCUCAGGUUCUGCAAUGAACGAUACAGCUUCGUCUGUACGAACCCGGAUUCAGCCGCUGCUUGAGAGCCUCACCAGAACUCAAGGCCUCGAAAAGGCUCUAACAAGCUCGUACCGUCCGCUGGCUCUAGCUUCGAUACGAGUCGCCCUGGAGGUCUCUCUACCCUCGCCAACAGAAGACUCGGUCUUGACAGCUUUGUUCGAUUUGCUAGACGACGAUGUGGCCGCAACUGGGCGCGGAGAGUCGAGAUCGGGUGAAGCUGGAGCAAUAGCUGCUCGCCGCCUGCGAGAGAUGGGUCCCGAAGAAUUUGAUCCACUGCUGAGGAAGGUGUGCCAAGGACUGGAGGAUGGAGUCCAUAGGGUGGAGAGGCAAGAGAGGGGAAUCCUUGAGAUUCUCGACUCUAUUGCCAGACAGAGCAAGGCCGCUCUCUCGGAGACAAACGGUACGGAUGUGGACGAGAUAGACUACGUCAUGCCCAUCGGGGUACCGUUCGCUCUACCGGCCCUCUUCAAUUCUCAACUACAAGCCAGCGUGGAGGUGGCUCAUAUCCUCGUUGCCAGACUCAUCUCAUUACGGGCCUCUACUCAUGCUCAAAUGGAUCUGGCCCAGUUCCUAGGUGUCUUCACGCCUCUGACCGAGUUCGCCGAGCGGACAGAAAGGGUCUCACUUGUAAAGGAACGGGAGUCAAGCGUCGCUUCACGUAAGCUUGUCCCGCUUCGAUCGACGCUGCUGAACCAAGCCAAGGAGUGGCUUCGGUACUUCCACCGGAUCAGGCUCGAGCAGGCCGCAAGAUGGGUAGAAGAGGAGAUUUGGGCCCAGGUUGAUGUGUCAGUCGAUAGUGUCAAGGUUCUCAAGACGCUGGUAGCCGCCGCAACAGAGGACCCGGUCGAGUGGAUCGGCGAAACCGCAGAAAAAGCCGAUGAGGUCGCUGACACCGACCAGUCUGAGACUGCUCCUUCUGCCAAGACACUUGUGUUCCCUUCAGAGACCAGCAACGGCACCCUCGAUGGCGACGAGAAGUCUUAUUACAUGGUGCCUGCGACUCUGCGCGUCCUUGCACUAACACAAGAGUACAUGCAAACAGUCGUCAAUUUUGAAAAGGUCGGAACCACCGAGAUCAUGAGUCGAGUGGUCGAAUUCUUGAAGCAGUUCAACUCUCGCACUUGCCAAGUAGUCCUUGGAGCUGGUGCAAUGCGAUCGGCGGGUCUCAAGAACAUCACCGCCAAGCAUCUCGCCCUUGCUUCGCAAUCGCUUUCCCUCUUUAUUCAUCUGAUCCCAUACCUGCGGGAAUGUGUCCGGCGACAUCUCCCCGAUGAGCGGCAAGCUAUCAUGCUUGUCGAAUUCGACAAGCUUAAGAGGGAUUUCAGGGAACAUCAAUACGAGAUUCACGCCAAGCUCGUCGCUAUCAUGGGUGACAGACUCAGCGUGCAUUGCCGAGGCUUGUCUGCUACAAAUUGGAAUGCCCCAAUCUCGCCCGCCGAUGCGGAAGGCGUCGCACCGUCAAAGCCUGUCUCUGAUCUGAUCAAAGAAACUACCACUCUUCACAAAGUGCUCUCGAAGUACCUCCAAGAAAGCGUGGUCGAGAGCGUCUUUACUCAGGUGUUGGACGCUAUCGUGAAGCGGGUGGGCGCAGAGUUCGCCAAGGUCGAAGUGACCAGGGAUGGCGGCGAUGCCUGCCAACGGAGAAUGAAGGAAGACGUCGAGCAGCUAGAUCAGAGGCUAGGCUCUCUGAGGGGUGCCAAAUGGGACGCAGAUUCCCUGCGAGCCAUCGUGGCGUCCAAAGUUCCUAUGAAUGCACCAGCCGCGCCCACUCCUGCACCAGCAGAGAGCCCUGCGACCCCGGCUAAGGCAGGGAGUGUCCCUAUGACGCAGACAGUCACGGGUGACGGUACCGGUACCCCGCGAUCAGGUCCUGCCCCGUACCGUAGCAAGUUCUCUUUUGCAAGAAAAGGAGCUGGAACACCUCAGCAGUCCAUGCACCAGCUUCCUGGCUCCCCGGGUCCGGGGAGUCCCCUUGGUACGCCUAGAAUGGGCAUUCAAGCCCUGCCGCGGGGCGAUCUUGACACUUCGGGAUCGCAGCGUGGCUCCAUUGAUGUCGUCUCCCUGCCGCCACCUGUACCUGAAGUUCUCGGUGGUCAUUUGGCUCAGCAGGGCUCCGGCGUAGAAGUCGAAGGGCAAACGGCCCAAGAAACCAAUGGAGAGACUGCGCAAGUGGUGGCUGAGCCAGUCGCACCGACGCAAGCGGCACAGGCAAGUGCAGCAAGCGCUGAACAUGAGACAAAGGUCACCUCAGACGGUCCUGCGAUCGGUGAAAAUCUGGAGACUGCACGCAGCAGGGUGUCACAAGAUACACUACCGGCGCACGAGCCUCCGGUGUCCGAGGCUACAGGCAACGCUCAAGCGACCGAGCAGCUCGCAGCGAGCGAAGCUUCGAAGGCAGAAGGCGCUUCGCAGACAUCCACAGCAGAACCCGCUGCAUUGCCAUCUCCUUCUCUGCCUCCUGCAGGAGGUGCAGGAGGAGUCGCAGCUGAGGUCCCUACUCAAGUUGCUGCUGCUCCUACUGAGAACGCAACUGUCGCCUCUGCGCUCCCAUCAUCUCCUGUACCUCCCUUGCCCUCACCCGCACCAUCACCGUCGCUCACUCCUACGACGUCGGGCGUCAGCACACCGACUCGAGGUCCAAGGAUGACGCUGCAACAGCGUCUAGCGGAGGCGGCUAGGAAGAGGGCUGCCGCUGCUCCCUCUGCUACCAGUGCUGCAGCUCAACCUACCGUUGUUGCGACCCCGGUGGCCGAAGCUUCGGCACCUCCCGAGGGUCCAGCAAUUGCUGACUCUGCCGCUGGCAAGACGGAGGUAUCGGCAGCGACAAGCAUCAGUGCAAAGGCGAGUCAGGACAAGGAGGUGCCACCGCCGCCUACUCCGCCCAAAGAUAGCCGGACCGCCACUUUAGAGGAACGCUCGCCUGUGAAGCCUUCUACAGCGACGACGGAACCAUCGGCAGCUCCUGUUGUAGCUAGUGAGCCUCCCGCCACGGCUGACCCGGCCGAGACGACGUCCGAGAACGAGGCUGCAGGUCAGCAGCAGGCGCAAGUUCCUGCAUCGGCACCUGCGUCGGAGGCGGCAGUAAAAGAGGAAGUGGCUCCUCCGUCAGAUGGACCCGUCGGUGAGGCAAGUACGACUUCGGCGGAACAGCCGGAAGAAGCUGAGAAGAGCAACGAUGCCGCCGCCGCUGGCGUCGGUCUAGGCUUGGGCAUCGAUCUUGGCUCGAACGAUGCUGCAAAGGCCGAGGUCGCUGCUACGAGCGUGACCCAGUCUGCUACCGGGGCGGACGUAGGGCCGAAGGUGGAGGUCGCGGCCGAGGCCGAGGCCGGGGCAGAGGGUGACGGUGACGGUGACGGUGACGGCGGGGCAGACGAUGCGGAUGCGGGUGAGGAAGAGGAAGGCGCAGGGGAGGCAGAGGACACAAAGAAUGCCACUGCAGCUCCUGACGGAAAUGCUCCUGCUUCUGCUACAUCUGGGCCUGGUGGUGGUGGCGGCGGCGGUGGUGGUAAGAAGAAGAAAAAGAAGAACAAGAAGAAAGGCGGCAAGUGAUGGGCUAAUGGAUGAAGAGCUCUCCUUCGCAUCUUUGCAAUGUCACUCCUUCUCAAGCGUGAG